ACUAGAGCAAAGUGGCAUCGUGUCCCGAGACUGCUCUGAAGUAAACCCUCCUGCCUUGCCUUAUCCCAUGCACUGAGCACCUUAAGAGAAAAGCUGCUUUCAGAGCAGCUGUCAGUUGCUCCUGGCUGAAGCAUGGAAAUCUCUACUCUCGCCACGUACCACUGCCUUGCCUUUGUCUGGUACCUUUUCGUUGCCUAUUCCAUCUCACACGUAAAAACAGAGGAGCGGCCAUCUGAAGUGUUCCUUUACGGGGGGCAGUGGAAAUAUUUGACAAUCCUCAAUCUGGUUUUGCAGGCUGUCUUCUAUGGGGUGUCCUUCCUGGCUGAUGUGUUGAGACUAAUUAAGAAACUGCGAUGUGCUAAGUGCAUAAUUUCCAGCAGAGACCUUCUUUUCAGUGUCCUGGCUUUCCCAGUGUCCACAUUUGUGUGUAUAUCCUUUUGGACACUGUAUACCUACAACCGAGAGCUGGUUUACCCCAAAAGCCUGGAUGGAGUCAUCCCGCUCUGGUUAAAUCAUGCUAUGCACACGGCUGUAUUGCCAUUUGCUCUCCUGGAAAUCUUUGCCUUGCCGCAUCGUUACCCAGCAAAGAAGAAGGGAUUGAUCCUACUGGGAUUUGUUGCUUUUCUCUAUAUCAGUUGGGUCCUGUGGAUUUAUUCUGUAACAGGAGAGUGGGUAUAUCCUCUCUUUGCUUUGUUCAGCCCUGCUGGACUAGCAGCCUUUUUUGCCGGUAGCCUUGCCAUCAUCGUCGCCUUCUACAACUUCGGAGAGUUCCUCAACCGUAUGAUAUGGGGAGAUUCAAUAGCAAUACUGGACCACAAGUGGAAAGGCAAGUGAAUCCUCCUCUUGAAGCCAAACAAUCUCUCCAUGAAUGCUGAAGCCAUGAAGUAGAGGAAAAUAAACGUAGCUGUGAUAAAUCCUUUCUCC